GAAUACCGUUGUCUGCCUGUCACUCCUGCACCGCAUCACCGCUACACCUGUUCCCCUUACUUACCACUUUGCCACACGUGGUGUCAGACUACGGGAUCAUGGACCGCAACGCACUGGCGGAGCUGCUGCAGGCGCUGGAGAGCAGGCGCGACGCAGAGGAGAGAAGGAGGGAGGAGCGCUACACGGCGCUCAUUGAACGGGUAGGGCUGGCCGUUGCUGCAGCGACGACCCCUACCACAACACCGCUGAUGUCGCCCCCGAAGGCACGGGCAAUGAAGAUGUCGGCGGAGGAUGACCCGGAGGCGUAUUUGGUGGCGUUCGAGCGGCUGGCUACCGCGGCGGCUUGGCCGCGGGAGUUCUGGGCCAGCCAGUUGGGACCCUGCCUGAUUGGGGAGGCUCAGGCAGCCUACCAAGCCAUGAGCGACCAUCACGCCACCGAUUAUGACCUGGUCAAGCAGGCUAUCCUCCGCCGGCUGAACAUCACCACGGAGACCCACCGGGCGCGAUUUAGGGAGUACCGGAGAGCCCCGGAGACACGCCCCAGGGUGGUUGCAGAGCGGUUGUGCGACCACAUGGUGCAUUGGCUGACCCCCGGGAAGAAGACCGCCCAGCAGAUGGGGGAAGCCAUUGUGGUAGAGCAAUUCUGCCAUGUGGUCGGCGCCGAAACCCAGGCGUGGAUACGGCGCCACAACCCCGACACCCUGGAGGAGGCGGUCAAACUGGCCGAAGACUUCGAGGACUCCCUGACCUCUGCCCGGAUCGGGAUCCUGUCGGCCCCUGCCCUUCGGAGCAGCCGACCUCUCCCUCCCUCUCCUCCAACACCACCACCACCACCACCCCCCACGUUCCAGGGACCCAGACCUCCCAGAGCACCGACCCCAUUGGGCCCCCUUGCCUCCCCCCCAUGGAGACCAAGGUUGGCCCCCAGCUGGGGUAGAGGUGCUGCCCCUGCCCCGUUGCCAUACCAGCAGCGGGACAGAUUUCUGACCUAUGCCCCCUCUGUCCCUCCUAUCUGUUUUAGGUGCCACCAGCCGGGACAUCUGGCCAGGUCAUGCCCCGCUGCCAUGGAGUGUGACGUGGCCGCGUGCAAUUGGGCACCUGAAACUGACAGUUAAAGCACUACUCCGGAGCUGUCGCCAAGGGUCAGCACUAUCCGGAGCACCACUGCACCCCGCACUAUCUGUGUUUGCCCCAGCAAUACUGCACUCACCCAGGACUGGUGACCGUCUGUUUGUUUUUGUUCAGGACUGUGCCUUGUUUAUUGUUAUCCCCGUGCGUUACACAUCGUUGUGUAUCGCCGGGGAUUUAGUUGCUUUGCGGUCACCAGACCUGGAAAAAGAAUAAAGCACUGUUUUCACUGGAAUACCGUUGUCUGCCUGUCACUCCUGCACCGCAUCACCGCUACACCUGUUCCCCUU